AUGGCGACGUCUAGAUGCACUGCGCCGUUCACGUCGCUUCCUCGUCGCCUCGCUGCUCGCGCGGGCGCUCUCCUUUCCCUCCUCGCUCUCCUCGCCUUGAUCCGCUGUUCUGCGGCGUCGGAUUUCCGCCCGUACCGCGUGCGCGCGCUGACCGACGCGUCCUUCGAGCACGACACGCAGGCGUCGUCGGGGCAGACCACGGGGCGAUGGUUCGUUCUUUUCGCAACGUCAGACUGCCUCACCUCUGCUGACUCCGCGUCGCCAUGCAACCGCAUCCUCGCAUCGCUUAAAGAGGCUGCUUCUGCCGCGGACGACGUGCCUGGCCGGCUCUUCAUUGGCGCUCGGGUGGACGUUGAUGCCAAUCCGAAGCUGAAGAAGAGGUUCGGCGUCGGCUCCGAGCCUGUCCUCAAGCUCUUCCGAGACCGAGCCAUGUUCUCCUUCCCCCAAGCCUCUCUCCCGAGCCUGAUCAGCAGGCACGGGAUGGGUGCCGGAUUGGACGGUAUGGGAGAUGAAGGGGAUGAGGAAUUUGAGGGGGAGGGGUAUGCAGCAGCAGCAGGAGGAGGAGCAGGAGCAGCAGGAGGAAAGGGGGAUUUGGCAGCGGUGUUGCGGUGGUUUGUGCGGGGGGCUUACAAGGAGGUGGGGGAGGAGAAGGUGCCGGGCGAGCCCUCGGCCGUGGAUGGGAUUGUUGACCUGCUGGCCGGCGCGUGGGAGCAGUACCGCGCGUUCAUGCGGGUGAGUGAUGGGGAGAGCAAGAGGGAGAGGUUGACUGGCGAGCCGUCAGAGGGAAGGCGGUAA